AUGGAUGGAAAAGCUCAUGAGGAUGGGGCUCCUGUGGUCUACUGGGUCCCUGAAGAGGGAGAGAAGUCGGACCAGGAAAGGGAGGACCAGGUGAAGGAUCGGGGCCAAUGGACCAACAAGAUGGAGUUUGUGCUCUCGGUGGCCGGGGAGAUCAUUGGGCUGGGCAAUGUCUGGAGGUUUCCCUAUCUCUGCUACAAAAAUGGAGGUGGAGCCUUCUUCAUCCCCUACUUCAUCUUUUUAUUCUCCUGUGGCAUCCCUUUGUUCUUCCUGGAGGUGGCUUUGGGUCAAUACACCAGUCAAGGAAGUGUCACAGCCUGGAAGAAGAUCUGCCCCCUCUUUCAAGGCAUCGGUCUGGCGACUGUGGUCAUUGAGUCCUAUUUGAAUAUUUACUACAUCAUUAUCCUUGCCUGGGCCCUUUUCUACCUGUUCAGCUCCUUCAGCUCUGAGCUGCCCUGGACGACCUGCACCAAUUCCUGGAACACAGAGCACUGCAUGGACUUUCUGAACUGCUCGGGAGCCAGCACGACACAGUCUGAGAACGGCACCUCACCUGUCAUGGAAUUCUGGGAGAGACGGGUCCUGGGCCUUACCUCCGGCCUCCAGGACCUAGGAACCGUGCGCUGGGAGCUGGCCUUGUGUCUCCUCCUUGCCUGGAUCAUCUGUUACUUCUGUAUCUGGAAAGGAAUCAAGACCACGGGCAAGAUUGUUUAUUUCACAGCUACGUUUCCCUACCUGAUGCUGAUUAUCCUGCUGAUCCGAGGCAUUACCCUGCCUGGAGCCUAUGAGGGCAUCAUCUACUAUCUGAAACCAGAUUUGCUUCGCCUCAAGGACCCUCAGGUGUGGUUGGAUGCAGGCACUCAAAUCCUAUUCUCCUUCGCCAUCGGCCAGGGGUGCCUGACGGCCCUGGGCAGCUACAACAAGUACAACAACAACUGCUACAGGGACAGCAUCGCCCUUUGCUUCCUCAACAGCAGCACCAGCUUUGUGGCAGGAUUUGUUGUCUUCUCCAUCCUGGGCUUCAUGUCUCGGGAACAGGGCGUGCCCAUUUCUGAAGUGGCUGAAUCAGGUCCUGGGCUGGCCUUCAUCGCGUUCCCCAAGGCCGUGACGAUGAUGCCCCUGUCCCAGCUCUGGUCCUGCCUUUUCUUCAUUAUGCUUAUCUUCCUAGGGCUGGACAGCCAGUUUGUCUGUGUGGAGUGCCUGGUGACAGCCUCCAUGGACAUGUUCCCCAGGCAGCUCCGGAAGAGCGGGCGGCGCGAGCUCCUCAUCCUCAGCAUCGCCCUGGUGUGCUAUCUGCUGGGGCUCUUCCUCGUCACUGAGGGCGGGAUGUACAUCUUCCAGCUGUUUGACUAUUACGCAUGCAGCGGCAUCUGCCUGCUCUUCCUGGCCAUGUUUGAAGUCAUCUGCAUCAGCUGGGUGUAUGGGGCAGACCGUUUCUAUGACAACGUUGAGGACAUGAUUGGCUACCGGCCAUGGCCCCUGGUGAAGAUCGGCUGGCUAUUUCUGACCCCUGGCCUUUGCCUGGCCACUUUCCUCUUCUCCUUGACCAAGUACACACCUCUCAAAUACAACAACAUCUACGUGUACCCUCUUUGGGGAGACUCCAUUGGCUGGUUCUUGGCUCUCUCUUCCAUGAUCUGUAUCCCGCUCUUCGUCAUCCUCACCCUCAUGAAGACCCAGGGUUCCUUCAAGAAGCGCUGGCAGCAGCUCAUUGCCCCUGACCCUAGUCUACCGCAGCCCAAGAAGCAUAUAUACCUGGAUGGGGGUGCCAACCAGGACUGCAGGCCCUCUUCAACCAAGGAAGGUCUUAUAGCUGGGGAGAAGGAGACCCAUUUGUAG